UCAUAUACAAACUCAGUUCUAAACUUCUUACCUCUAAGCUUUUUCUAAUCAUGGCUCCUGUACUCAAUUUGCCUCUUAAUGUAGGCCAAAUAGACGAUGUUCAGGAACUCAAGAAGGCCCGAAAAACAAAAAUUCCCAACAGGUUUGUUCGUGAUAGGGCCGAAAGGCCGAUACUAGGGACAACACCUUCACCGUUGUCGAGUAGCAUACCUGUCAUUGAUUUUAAAAAACUCAUGACAGGGAACAAAGAAGAAUUUCACCUAGAAAUCUUGAAGCUUGCAGCUUCUUGUGAAGAGUGGGGUUUUUUUCAGGUGAUAAACCAUGAAAUUGAACUGGAUCUGCUAGAGAAGAUUGAGAAAGUGGCUAUGGAGUUCUUCAUGCUUCCUGUUGAAGAGAAACAGAAGUAUCCAAUGGCACCAGGAACUGUUCAGGGAUAUGGGCAAGCUUUUGUGUUCUCAGAGGAUCAAAAGCUAGAUUGGUGCAAUAUGUUUGCUCUUGGUUUAGUCCCACACUCCAUAAGAAACCCUAAAUUGUGGCCAACAAACCCACCAAUGUUUGGCCAAACUGUGGAGACUUACUCAAGAGAAAUCAGAAAGCUGUGUGAAGAUCUUUUGAGAUUUAUAGCAAUAAGCCUGAGGCUUGACGAAAACAUUUUUGAACAAAUGUUUGGCUUGAGCGUGCAAGCAAUAAGAAUGAACUACUACCCCGCAUGUCCUAGACCGGAUCUCGUAUUAGGUUUAAGCCCCCAUUCGGAUGGAAGCGCUUUGACUGUGUUGCAACAAGGAAAGGGUAACACUGUUGGCCUACACAUACUCAAAAAUGAUACAUGGGUGCCCGUUCAACCUGUCGAAAAUGCGCUGGUUAUCAACAUUGGUGACACCAUAGAGGUUUUGACGAAUGGAAGAUACAAGAGCUCGGAACAUAGAGCGGUUACACACAAAGAGAAGGACCGACUAUCUAUCGUUACGUUUUAUGCUCCAAGUUAUGAGGUAGAGAUAGGUCCAAUGAAAGAAAUGGUUGAUGAAAGCAACCCAAGCAAGUAUAGAAAAUACAACCAUGGAGAGUAUAGUAGGCACUAUGUUACCAACAAGUUGCAAGGCAAGAAAACUCUAGAUUUUGCCAAAAUACCACCCAAAAAGUAAUUGUAGACUAGAGAGUAAAUUAAAUCUUAUAUUACUCCAACAUAUUGUUUAUAUUGUAUAAAUCAUAUUGUAAUUAUGUCAUAAAUUAAUAGAUGCAUGUAAGUUAUUAUUAACGUCUGUCA